GCCGCGAGCCGGGCCCGGAGCGAGGAGGCUGCGCCGCGCGCGCCGCGCGAGGGCGGGAGCCGGGCCUGGGUCGCGGGCGGGAACCGGCCGGGGACGCACCCGCCGCGCUGCGGGUCUCCUGGGAGUCGCGGCGAUGGCGGUGCAAGCGGCCCUCCUUAGCACGCACCCCUUCGUCCCCUUCGGCUUCGGGGGCUCCCCGGACGGGCUGGGGGGCGCCUUCGGAGCCCUGGACAAGGGCUGCUGUUUCGAGGAUGAUGAGACCGGGACGCCAGCGGGCGAGCUGCUGGCGGGCAACGAGGGCGGGGACAUGCGCGAGGCCACCCGCGACCUGCUCAGCUUCAUCGACUCGGCGUCCAGCAACAUCAAGCUGGCACUGGACAAGCCAGGCAAGUCGAAGCGGAAGGUGAACCACCGCAAGUACCUGCAGAAGCAGAUCAAGCGCUGCAGCGGCCUGAUGGGCGCCGCGCCCCCCGGCCCGCCCUCUCCGGGCGCCGCCGACACGCCCGCCAAACGGCCGCUCGCCGCCCCCAGCGCCCAGGCCGUCGCGGUCCCGCCCCACGGCAAGGCUGUCCCCCGGCGGGAGGCAUCGCAGGCCGCGGCGGCCGCCAGCCUACAGAGCCGGAGCCUGGCCGCGCUCUUCGACUCGCUGCGCCACGUCCCUGGGGACACCGAGCGGGCCGGGGGUUCGCUGGCUGCGCCCGCCGCCGGGCUCGGCGGAGCGGGCGCCGGGGGCUCGGGAGGGGAGGCGGCCGGCACCGCGGGAGGUACGGCGGUCCCCGGCGCCAGGAAGGUCCCGCUGCGGGCCCGCAACCUGCCCCCGUCCUUCUUCACCGAGCCGUCCCGGGCGGGCGGCGGCGGCUGCGGCCCGUCGGGGCCCGGCGUGAGCCUGGGCGACUUGGAGAAGGGCGCCGAGGCCCUGGAGUUCUUCGAGCUGCUGGGGCCCGACUACGGCGCCGGCACCGAGGCGAGCGUCUUGCUCGCCGCAGAGCCUCUCGAUGUGUUCCCUACGGGAGCCGCCGUCCUGCGGGGCCCCCCGGAGUUGGAGCCCGGUCUCUUUGAGCCGCCACCUGCGAUGGUGGGGAGCCUACUGUACUCCGAGUCCUGGAGCGCCCCGGGCUGCCCCCAGACCAAGAAGCCGCCCCUGGCUGCCCCCCGCGGCGGCUUGACCUUGAACGAGCCCUUGCGCCCCCUGUACCCCUCCGCCGCGGACUCUCCGGGGGCGGAGGAUGGGCCCGGCCUUUUGGCGUCUUUCGCCCCCUUCUUUUCAGACUGCGCCCUGCCCGCGCCACCGCCGCCGCACCAGGUGUCCUACGAUUACAGCGCGGGCUACAGCCGCACGGCUUACUCCAGCCUCUGGAGACCGGACGGGGUUUGGGAAGGGGCGCCCGGGGAGGAGGGGGCGCACCGGGACUGAUGGAGGGGUACCGUAGCCUCCACUUGGAGACCAAUGUGGGGAGCUCCCGCCCCUGGGUCUCUCCUAAGCCUAAGAACGCUGGGAAAGUGCACGUGGAGAUGAAACGAUCUAAAAAUAUUCACUUAAUAAACUUACGAAAAAGAAUUGAAGAGGAGUUGGGGGUGGUUUUAAUCACAGCCUCAAGUGUUUAAACAGAAACAAAAAACGUUGGUAGGUUCUUACUGGACCAGACGAGACGGGCUUUGGGAACUGGGGUGGGGCUGGCGGAAGGGGCAAGCCCUUCUCCAACUUUUCAGCAAAAGGUCAGUGUGUGUAGUGUGCUUGUGCCUUCCAAGCGGUGCGCUGGUCCCUCCCUUUCCUUCUCCUUUGAGUGCAUUAUGAAUUAAAGCCUAUAUUGAAAAGAAUGGAGCGAAGAUAUGUUA